GCUCGUUCCGUCUUGGUCGGCGGCGGCUGGAACAGUCGGGAGUCUGGCUUCUUGGUUUGGAGGAGCGGCGGGGUUCGGGGUUCGGGCAAUGGCAUCCCCAUCGCGGAGGCUGCAGACCAAGCCGGUUAUCACCUGCCUGAAGAGCGUCCUCCUCAUCUACACCUUCAUCUUCUGGUUCACUGGCAUCAUCCUGCUAGGCGUUGGCAUUUGGGGCAAGGUGAGCUUGGAAGUCUACUUCUUCCUGCUGAAUGAGAAGGCCAGCAAUGUUCCUUACGUCCUGAUCGGGGCAGGGUUGGUGGUCGCUCUGCUCGGCACCUUUGGCUGUUUUGCCACCUGUCGCGGAAGCACAUGGAUGCUGAAACUGUAUGCCAUGUUCUUAACCCUCAUCUUCCUUGUGGUGCUGGUGGCUGCCAUUCUGGGUUUUGUCUUCAGGCAUGAGAUAAAGGAUAGUUUUAAGAAAAACUAUGAAAAUGCUGUGAUGCGUUACAAUGGGACCAGAGACGACCCCAGCAAAGCAAUCGAUGACAUCCAGAAAACAUUGCACUGCUGUGGUGUAGAGAAUUUCACGGACUGGAAAACGAGCGACUACUUCAAAGAAAAAGGGAUUCCCAUCAGUUGCUGCAAAGCUUUGGAGAACUGUACGGACGUUGACUUGAAGAACGUCACCAGAGCAGGAGACAAAGUUUACGAACGUGGUUGUUUUAGCCUGGUGAUACAAACCAUGGACUCUGAGAUGGGCAUUGUGGCUGGGAUCUCCUUCGGUACUGCUUGUUUCCAGUUGAUUGGCAUUUUCUUGGCCUGCUGUCUCUCCCGGUCCAUCACGAGUAACCAGUACGAGAUGGUGUAACACUACAAUACGAGAGUUCGCCCGACACUCCAAGGGUUUAUUUAAACAAACAAAAACACAGAAGAUUUUUUUUUUUUUUUUAGGAGCCACUUCCCUGACAGACUUGAGUUUUUGAAAACCAGUUUGAUUUUACCGCUGCCUUUAGGAUUUUAUUUGAAUUGUGUUUGAAAGUACCAAGGAGAAGGCAAGGAAGCUUAUCCUUUGUGAUUUAAAACUACUGAGGACCAGUAGUUUUAAAAUAGAUUUUUUUUUUUUUUAAAAAAGGGAGGCUUUUCAUAGUACUAUUAGUUGCUGUGUCAUUAAUCUUCUACGUAUUUAAGUGGACGUAUUAUUUAAAUUUAUAGUAGCCUAUUCUUGCUAUUGUAGUAUAACUUAACCAACAGUUGUGUCUUUUAGUUAAAUGUUUGGUUAUUUUUUCUCUCUGGAUUAAUGCUUCUCAUUCUGGACUAUCAAAUCCUACCCAGAACCAAAGUACCUUCAAAAAAAAUACAAUGAACGAUUUCAAUCCAGACCUCCACAACCUCUUAGCUUGGGGCUCAAAUACUCUAUUUUGGGGCUCAAACACUACAGUUUCGACUUACAACAGUUCAUUUAGUAACCGUUCAAAGUUACAGCAGUGCUGAAAAGAAGUGAGCAUUAUAAGCAUUUUUCACGCUUAUGACUCUUGCAGCAUCCCCAUGAUCAUGUGAUUUACAUUCGGAUCAGUGGUGGGUUUCAAAAUUUUUUACUACCGGUUCUGUGGUUGUGGCUUGGUGGGUGUGGCAUGGCUUGGUGGGCAUGGCAGGGGAAAGAUACUGUAAAAUCUCCAUUCCCACCCCACUCCAGGGAAAGGAUACUGUUAAAUCUCCAUUCCCUCCCCAAUCCAGGGGAAGGUUACUGCAAAAUCCCCAUUUCCUCCCAAUCAGCUGGGACUCGGGAGGCAGAGAAUAGAUGGGGGUGGGGCCAGUCAGAAUUUUUACUGCCGGUUCUCCGAACUACUUCAAAUUUCCGCUACCGGUUCUCCAGAACUGGUCAGAACCUGCUGAAACCCUCCUCUGAUUCAGAUGCUUGACAACUGCUUCAUCUUUAUGACGGUUGCAGUAUCCUGGGGCCACGCCCUUGAUCAGCUUUUGCGACCUUCUGACAAGGAAAAAAAAUCAAUGGGGAAACCAGAUUCAUUUAGCAGCCGUGUUACUCAUUUAACGCCUGCAUUGAUUCACUUAACCAACAAAGUGACCAUAUAGUUAUUCUAAGCUCUCAGUCAAAUGUAGUAGGAAAACUUAUAAAACGGAGCAAAAGCUCACUUAACAAACUUAGCAACGUAAACUCUGGGCUCAAUUGUGGCCGUAAAUUGAGGAUUACCUGUAUUUUGUUGCUGUUGGAUCCAUUCCUGGAGACUCCACCUUGGGAUUUUUGCAAACUUGACAACUUGAAGAUGUGUGGAUUUUAACUUCCAGAAUUCUGGAAGUUGAAGUCUGUGCAACUUCGCACUGCCAAGUUUGAAAAAAAAAAAAAAAACCUCAAAACUGUUCCAAUUUUUGAAGCGUUCCAAAACUUCCUUGCUGGAGAAGCUCAACUAGAAUCAGUUGUCCACCUUUGAACAAAGGGCGAUGAAGAUUUCGGUAGACCGUACCAAAACUUUGAUCUGGAGUUGCCUUCUGACCUUUAGAAUUGGCCUCAGAGAUUCUCAAAUAUGUCUUAGGUGGCUUAAUCCUAAAUUCUGAUGAGAAGUCAACAAUGUUCAGAGAAGACACUUCUUUUGAAUCGUCUUCCCUUGGAGUCAUCUCCAAAGUGGACCCUAUCUUUUGGUAAAGAGAGAAAGUUUCUUUCUUUAUGGACCCUUGCCUUUAAUAGAUAGGGACAAGAUAAAAUAAUAAUGACCUGUAAACCCCCAGCAAAAUUGUGGCUUGUUGGUGGAACAGAUGUUUUGGGUUGUAGAAGGCCUCUGGUCCAAUUCACAGGAUCUCCAAAUGUGGUGGGAAAUGGUUUUUUUUAAGAGCUUUUGGUAAUGUUAAUCUCUAGAUGGACUGAUAAUUAUGAGUUUGUAUAAGCUAGUUAUAGCUUAUACAAACUCAUAUAACCAAAGGACGCGGUGGCUCAAUGGCUAAGAUGCUGAGCUUGUCGAUCAGAAAGGUCGGCGGUUCGAAUCCCUAGUGCCGCGUAACGGGGUGAGCUCCCGUUCCUUGUCCCAGCUUGCUUGUGACCAUGUCCCCCCCCAUGGUCACAUGAUCAAAAUUCCAACGGACUCCUAUUUACGACGGUUGCAGUGUCCCCGGGGGUGUGUGUGGGGUGGGGUCAUGUGAUCCCCUUUUGCAAACCUCCUGUCAAGCAAAGUCAGAUUCACUGAACAACUAUGUUCCUAACUUAACCACGGCAGUGAUCCGCUUAGCAACUGUGGCAAGGAAGGUCGUAAAACGGGUCAAAACUCACUUAACAACAGAAAAUCUCGCUUAGCAACGGAACGUUCGGCUCCAUUGUGAUCAUAAGUCGAGGGCUACCGGUGUUACCUUCGGAAAGACACUCCUGAUGAUGGUGCGGUGUUAUCCCGCUACUCGUUAAUUAGUUCCGGAAGAGUGAACGGGUACUAAAAACGAGUACCAAACAAAUCAUGUGACCAGGUGAUGCUUUGUUUUUGCCAGAAAGACUUCCUGUCCUCGGCUGGUUGUCCCCCUUUUCCUAUGUCAGGAACCUUCCCAGCCUGGCUGACUUCCUGUCCUCCCUCUGUGGCUGUCCCCUCUUAUCGCAGCGGGUCGAGAACCAAGCCACGAGAACCGAGACACAUUUUCAUGUCAAAAUGCAUCAGGUACCCAAUUUGACCGAGUUCCGAGGUGUACCACUACACUUAAGUUCCAUGUACCGCUGUACAUCAAUAGACAACACCUGGCUUGAAUCUAAGUUGUGGUCUGGGAAAAAAAAUCUCCUCUUGGCCUCCUUUCCAAUUUCCUCUGCCCGCCUCUUGCCCUUCUAUCCCAAAAACUGAAUGGUAUUUGGUGCUAAUUCCUUGCAUUCUGAAAACCCCUGGAAUUUUUUGGGAAAGGAGGUUUCCUUUGGUCCAUGUUCCUUGUCUGGGGAACAGUUCCUACUCUGAAAACAAAUUCUAAUUUCAGUGACGCCUUUGAAGCCGAGUUGUUGUGAUCUUUGUGUCUCUGUGUGUGUAUUUUUAAGGCUCGAUGGGAGAGUCCUGGAUCUUAGCUGUCACUCUGCAUCCGUUUGAGUAUGGUUUCAUCAUCAGUAUUAUGUGAUGCUUUGAAUAUAUUUCUUUUUUUAAAAUUUGUAUUCAAUAGAGAAAUCUUCCCGGACCCAUAAUAAACCUUUAUACACUUUUU